GAGAAGAUCGGCGACGCGAGGAGCGUGAGCGUGAGGACGACCUCGAUCGGCAGUCGCAGGCGUCCACAUACCACGAACGUCCGAAGGUCGACAAGCCGCGCAUCACGCUGUCCACGUUCACAGGUAGCGAUCCGGACGCAUGGCUCCACAGGGCCGUACAAUAUUUUGAGCUUAACGAAACCGACGGUCCCGACCGCGUGAGAUACGCAGCUUAUUAUCUUGAUGGUGAGGCCAACGUAUGGUGGCAAUGGCUCACACGGAUCUAUCGCAAGCGACAACAAAUUAUUACUUGGGAUGUUUUUAGGAGAGAGUUGCUUACGCGAUUCGGUACGUCCGAUUAUCAUAAUUACAAUGAGGCUCUUACGCGCAUACGGCAAACGGGCAGCCUACGCGAAUAUAUUUGGGAGUUCGAACGAUUAGCAUGCCGCGUGCGCGAUUGGCCGGAAGAGGCACUGGUUGGCGCGUUCAUCGGCGGGUUGAAAUUUGACCUGGCCGCUGAAGUUCGGCUCGAAAGGCCCGACACCAUGCACGACGCGAUGGAAGUGGCACGACGACGAGAGGAUCACCUCGUCGCCACGCGAAGGGGACGGGCGGACGUGCGAUUCACGGACACACGUCGCACGGGACCAAACCCAGCUACGGCCAGCGCACGACCGAACGUUAACAAUCGGCCGGCAGGGUCGAUAGUAAGGCGGCUGUCUCCCGAGGAGGUCAAGCGGCGACGUGAGAAGGGUCUUUGUUUUAAGUACGAGGAGAAGUUCACUCCGGGCCAUCAGUGCAAGCAAGCCUUUGUCAUUGAAGUGGCCAACCCGGACGACGAGGAGGUUGAG